CACAAAACAGAAACGAAAACAAAAAAUAAAUCGUGUGUGUAUAUCUUUUUGAAGAAAAGACCCUUUUAAUGCACCACUAUUCCGGAUAUACAUACUUUGCCAAGUAUUCAAACUUCUCAGAAGUACUACGUAUUUCUUUCCUUCUCUGAACAUGGAGAAACUUUUCUACUACUUUCUUGCUGUUAUAGCAGCAUAUCUUCUCAUUCUUCUCAGAAAACUUCUUCCCAAACGCAAUAAAAAAUUGCUGCCUCCUAGCCCACUUUCUCUUCCGGUAAUCGGUCACCUCUACCUUAUCAGGGAUGCUCUGCACCACUCCCUCGCUUCCUUAUCAGCUAAAUAUGGCCCAGUUUUACUCCUCCGGUUCGGUUGCCGGUCCGUUCUGGUCGUGUCGUCCCCUUCCGCCAUCGAAGAAUGCUUCACCAAGAACGAUAUCGUGUUCGCGAACCGGCCGGCGACCAUGGCCGGCGACCGGUUGACUUACAACUACACCGCCUUCGUGUUCGCCCCGUACGGCAACCUCUGGAGGGUUCAACGGCGGUUCGCCGUGGUGGAAUUGUUUUCGACGGCGAGCCUCCAAAGGUCAUCUGUCAUAAGGGAGGAAGAGGUUCGAACUCUGGUUCGAUCUUUGCGCACCCUCUCGGCCGGUAAUCAUAACGGAAGAACGUCCGUUGACUUGAACAGCUUGGCUGCGACGUUGACUUUCAACUCUAUGAUGAGACUCGUGGCCGGAAAACGGUGGGUGGAGGAAGAAGACGUGGGGAGAGUGAGAGGGAGAGAAAUCAUUAAAGAACUCAGGGGUGUUUUCUUUGCGAGCUUAGCUGUUAUGAAUUCGUGUGAUUUCUUCCCGGUUUUGAGGUUAAUUGGUUUCAGAGGGAUGGAGAAAAAGCUGGUCAUGUUUCAUAAGAAGAGAGACGAGUUCUUGAAUGGGAUGCUUGGAGAAUUCAGACAAAAGAGGUCUCUGCUUUCGGAAUCGGACGGUGGGGAGAAGAACAGGGACGACAAAUCAACAGUUAUUGGAACGCUGUUAUCUCUACAAGAAUCGGAGCCUGAAUUUUACACCGAUGAAGUGAUCAAGAGUACUAUACUGAUGAUGUUUGUGGCAGGAACAGAGACUUCUUCAGCAACCAUAGAAUGGGCAAUGUCGCUGCUACUAGCUAAUCCAGAGACGAUGCAUAAGUUGAAAUCAGAGAUAGACAACUACAUCGGACCCGAUCAACGUCUGGUAAAUGAGUUGGACAUUCCCAAGCUCCCAUAUCUACGAGGAGUAGUGAAGGAGACACUGAGGUUGUACCCUCCAGCGCCACUUCUCUUACCACAUUGCUCAACCGAAGAUUGUGUGGUUGCGGGAUACGACGUUCCCAAGAACACAAUCUUAUUGGUAAAUGUUUGGGGCAUGCAUCGGGAUCCAACAGUGUGGGAGGAGCCCGAAAAGUUCAUGCCUGAGAGAUUCAGAGAAGUAGCGGAGGAGAAGGAAGGUUUCAACUAUAAAUAUGUUCCCUUUGGGAUGGGCCGAAGGGCCUGCCCUGGAAACAAUAUGGGGUUGAGAACGGUAGGGUUAGCAUUGGCAGGUUUGGUUCAGUGUUUUCAUUGGGAAAUCAGCGCGGAGAAAGAUGACAGAGGCGAAAGCCGCUCAGCCUCAAUCCUACAGAGGGCUAAGCCGCUAGAAGCCGUGUGCAUGCCUCGAGCGAAUUGCCUUCCAUUUCUAGACUAGAUGUCAUUUAUGUCGGGCCUAGGUGUGAGGCGUGUCUGGAUGAGCAACUCUACCUUUUUGGGUUGAGUGCUUUUAAUUUGUGUGCUAUUAUUCCAAACAUGUACCGAGUAUGUUUUCCUUUUGUUAUGGUUAUCUACUUGGGCGUUCUCACCAUUUUGCCCAAAGUAAUACUCCAUGUGCUAUAUUUUUCCUUUUUCAAAAUCUAUGGAACUACAUUUAGCCUUGAUAUGAGAUCCACAUACUUCAAAGUUA